UUCCAGUCACCAAACGCGAAAUAGAAGAGUACACUUAUGCAGAAAUUGAACAGAAGACUAAACGUGUUAAAGGCAUGACAAUGCCCUCAUCCUACUGUAAACCAAAAGAGAUGAUAAGGUUUCUAGAUGAAGAAGAUCCUUUUAUGUGUAAUCAUAGGCCUCACGAUCCAGAAGUUCCCAUUACUUUAUAUCACCCGACUUUCACACGUUUUCAGGAAAACUGUGCCAGGGCCACUGUUACGAAAGAAGACUGUGCAUCGGUCAUUGAAUUAAUCGAACUCAUGAGAAUGGUUUUCAGAUAUGAAAGUGAAAGGCAGCACGAGUUUCAUUCAUGGGCAUCCAAAUACUUUAACUUAGCCGUUGGUAAAUUACCUCUUCCUGGAGAGCAUCAAGAAGCGGAUAUAGGUGCUGUUGCAACUAUUGGACAAUUUUCAUUUGCACUCCUUGUUGGCAAAAUUAAAAAUGAGAUUGGAGAAGGGGGUGGGUGUGCAUACAUACAAUCCUGUGCUUCUUAUACAAAGCUGAUUGGCCUAAACAAUAGUGAUAUAGUACGUCAAGGGCUUAAUCCUGCUUUUCUUCUUUACCUUUGUGGACCUUAUCUGGGCAUCAGCAGAGCUGUUUUAGGCAAGGACUUUACCAUGGAACCUCUUACCCCAAUCUUUCCACUCCUGUUUAUGAAAAAUGAUCCAAAUGCAAUGGAAGCUCUAGCUCAUGUACUUGUGGCAUUGAAGACUGGCCUUCAUGAGCUGAAUGAUUAUUAUCAAUUUGUGACAGAGUCAGGGGAAUUUGGUUUUUCUUAUGUGAAGCAAAUAUGUAGUGGAAAGCUACUCUUUUUGGUGAAAGGAAAGACUGGUGAUUUUCAGGACAAAUUGAUGGUUCUGAAAUUCACCAAAAGAUAUGGUAUAGAUGGUCACAAUUACUGUGCAAAAAAGAAAGUUGCCCCUGAAGUCUAUGCACAUAAUAAUAGAACUAGUUGGACCAUGGUUGUCAUGGAAUAUCUAUCAGAGGAAGAAUACAUCACUGCCCAUACUGCUAUUUAUGACCGGAAGCAAGAUCGAAAGGUAUUGUUGAAGAAAGCAGAAGAUACUGUCAGUAUCUUACAUGCUGGAGGUUUUGCACAUGGUGACUUGUGGGCAUCAAACAUUAUGGUUUCACAUGAUAUGAUGCAAAUGAAAGUUAUAGAUUUCGAUUGGUGUGGGCUUGAUGGGAGUGCUACUUAUCCACAUUUUAUCAGCACCAACAUUCCAUGGCACCAUAGUGUUGAUUGUGGAAAACCAAUUAAAAAAGAACAUGAUAUGUACUUGUUGAAAAAAUCUUUUGAAUGA